AUGGGUCUCUGUCUUGUCCCCUUCGGUGGGCUUGUUGGCUGCAUAAAGACAUUCCUUGGCGUCUCCACUGCUGUGUCAUGCUGCGUUUUCACGUUGGGCAGCGGGCUUCAAAUGGCCUUCAGUGACGAGGCAGAGGAUUCAGGGCUCUGGGAUGAGAGAUCUCAGCAUGGCAUACUUUGGUCGUAUGAUGAUGAGCCUGAGGUUUUGGUCAUGCAACAUGGAUCUCUCCCAGCAGCCUUUGGCUCGUGGCCUCGCAGCUGGCUUUUUACAAGUCCAGGGAGUUCAGUGGAUGCAAAAGUCGGUGGGUCAAUGUCUAUUCGCCAGUAG